CUUGGAUCAUGGAGAGAAACCCUGAAUAACCCUUUCCCUCCUUCCCCCUCAGCCUUCAGCCUUCUGCCUUCAGCUCUCUCUCUACCUCGCUCCCUUCUUUAACUUUCCUCGUCCUCUGUCCCUCGCCCCUUGGCCUCAGCGCUGCGCCUGAUCCUCAUCGCCGCCUCACGGCUCCGGACUUGCCCUCCGCCCUCUCGGCCGCUCCGCCCGGCGGUGGGUGCUGCAGGCCUGCUCUGCCCGCCGUCUCCUUCACGGCUCCCACUUCUUCCAGUUCCAGGAUAAGAAAUGGAGAGGUUAUCUAAUACAUGGCGAAUGACAGUGAAUGAGAAGAAAUUCAUUGAGACUGCAUUGCUCUCGGAACUCAGAGUUGAUGGUCGUCGUCCCUUUGAUUAUCGUCAACUAACUGUCAAGUUUGGCAGAGAAGAUGGAUCAUCAGAGGUGCAGCUAGGCCAAACUCAUGUUAUGGGUUUUGUGACUUCCCAACUGGUUCAACCUUACCGAGACAGACCAAAUGAAGGGACACUGUCAAUUUAUACUGAGUUUUCUCCAAUGGCUGAUCCUUCAUUUGAAGCAGGUCGACCUGGAGAAUUCGCAGUGGAAUUGGGACGUAUAAUUGAUCGUGGUUUAAGGGAAAGCAGGGCAGUGGAUACAGAGUCGCUGUGUGUUCUUUCUGGGAAGUUAGUGUGGGCCAUCCGUAUUGAUCUCCACAUUCUAGAUAAUGGGGGAAAUCUUGUGGAUGCCUCUAAUAUUGCUGCUCUGGCUGCUCUAUUGACAUUCCGAAGGCCUGAAUGUACAUUUGGAGGGGAAGACGGUCAGGAAUUGAUAGUAUAUCCACCUGAGGUGAGGGAGCCACUUCCUUUGAUAGUACACCAUCUUCCAAUAGCUGUGACUUUUGGAUUUAUUGGUAAUGAGAACUUUGUGGUGAUUGAUCCAACACAUCAUGAAGAAAAUGUUAUGGGGGGGAGAAUGACGGCCACACUUAAUUCAAUUGGUGAUGUUUGUGCUAUUCAAAAAGCUGGGGGUGUGGGUGUCAUGCAAAGUGUUAUUAUGCAGUGUUUGCGGAUUGCUUCUGUGAAGGCUGCUGAUAUAACGAGCAAGAUAAGAACUGCUGUUGAAUCUUACAACACAGAAAGAGCAUUAAGGAAGAUCAAGCGCCACUCCUCUUCUGUUGCUUUGGAUGUUAGUGGAUCAGGUGCUAAAUUAAGGGGGAUCCAGAGUCAAUCUGUUGAUGAGACGGGAGUCGGUGAAUUGUCAAGGCAUCAUAUGGAAAGAUUGAAGUUGGUAUCGGAUGAAAGUUGUGUCACUGACAGCAAUAACAUUGAAAGCAAAACCCAAUUUUCUGAAAAAGGUGGAACUAACAAGAGACAAUGCGACACAAGAAGUUUCAUUGGUGGGCCUUCAAAUUGGGAUCCAUACUCAAAAGGGGCGGAUUCAGAUUCACUGAAAGCUACUCUGGCAUCACAUGUAUCAAGUUGGUUGCUGUAUUUAUAUGACUCCCUCUGCAAUGAAGGAAUGCCAAAUCCUGAUAAAAGACGAACAGAAUUGAGGCAUGAUACAAUGCCCUGUGAAGAAACUAAGCUGGAAGAACCAACAGCUGAGCUUGGUCCUGCGCCUUCACCAACUAUGCCAACUGGAACUGAAUCUCAAACAAAUGGACAGAAGACUUUGAAAGAUGCCGUGAAGCUAAAGAACAAGAGGAAAAAGAAGGCAUCCAAAACUGCUGGUCCUACUUAGUUGGAUUUUGUGAACAGAUCCUUUGUUGAGCUUGUAUAUUAUUACCCCGCGUCUUUAACCUGUAAUUUAUACAUUAUUGUCAUGUUCCUUUGAGAACUGUAAUAUUAGGAGGAUUUCUCUGCCUUACAAGCUAGGUAGUUCAAUCUUUCUUUGAAAUUUUGUGAUCUGUAUGCUUGGAUAGAGCUUUUGCAGUCUCCCUGAUCAUCUUAGAAAAUUAUGAUAAAUUGGGUAUGACGAUGUUUCAA